AUGGCUUCCACCGAAACGUCCAGUUCGGGAUCGCAAGAGUUGAAGGAAUCGGCCCGCGGUUCGUUCGAGGAACGGGUGAACAAUUUGCGCACCGCCUAUCGGGACAUCCUGGAGCAACGCUUCUUCCGGAAUCUGCAGCACGAUUGGCUACACCGGACGUCCGCCGCCGCCGAGCCGGAUCUCCAGCCGGCAGCCUCCGAUGCAACACUCGACCCGACGACCAGUGACGCAUCCGGUAGCUUCAUCGUGCUGAAUGGCCGCAAAUUUCCGUUGGCAUUUUUCCGCAACAAGAAUCUCGCGGUGGAGCCGGAAGUGAUAGUGCACCAGCCAAAGGACCGAACGAUCCCAACGGCAGAGUACGUUGAUUAUGCCAAUCCGUACGCGGUGCCCACACGCCAGGGCCGGAAUGUGAAUAGAAGCCGCUUCCACACCGCACGGUCUCGGGCUUGGCAGGACGUGCCGGGACGGCUUCACGUCGCCGAGCUUCCGUUCGAUGCCGAACUGCUGGGCACGAGCUCGUGCCGGAAGCAAUACCCGUCACGGUUGGCCACCCAGCUCGAUGCACACUAUCGCAAUGAACUGACGCACCGGUCGCGGAUUCGCCGUUUUUUGCGCACCAAUGCCAUCGCCGAGCUUCGCGAGUCCUGCCGCCGACGGCUGGAGUCGUUCUAUCACCGCGAGUACAUCCUGCGGCAGGCGAGCAAGCGCGAAGAGGAGGCCGACUGCUACCGGCAGCUGGCGGAACGAUGCGCGGAGCUGCGUCAGGCGAUGGCCACCAUCCGUCAGGAGCGCUUCAGUGCGACCAUGCGAGUGCUGGACACGAUGAAGCCGUACUUUGAAACCUCGGCCCAGCUGGAGCGCCACCUACGGGGCCUCCGGCAAAGAAUGACGGGCCUCUGGAACCACGUGGUGCACCUGGAGAGUGUCUGGGUGCGCCGGUUGAAGCUCCAGAACUUCCAGUACCUCAUCAUGCCGAAGGAGUGGCGCGAACGGCACGACUGGAUCCACCAGGACACGACCACCGGGCGGCUGGAAAGUUUCCCCGAAUCGAUCGCCCGGCGCGAUGUGGUGAACCUCCGUGACAUCGCCCAAGGGAACGACAUCUGGGCCGUGAAGCGGUUCUACGAGGAGCAGUACCUGGCCAAGGACAAACCGAUCCACGCGGCGUUCUCCAGCAGCGACGCGCUAAUGGCCGGUGUGGCCGAACUUAACACCAACUCCAUGACGCUCCUGUCCCGGCUGGAUCUGAUGAACUGGGUAAAGACCAACGCCGAAAUGGAGUCGGCCGACACGCAGCGGAUGUUGGCGCAAAAGAUUCAAUCCAUCCGGCGCUUCAUCCAGGACACGUCCGAGCGGCGCCGGUCCCACCAGAAGCGUUCGAUCGAGCUGCGGGAAUUGUUCCGCCAGCUCGUGGACGGCCCAUUGAAGGAUUGCGUCCAGAGUGGGCGCACCCGGGAAAUUGAGUCCCUGGUAACGGUGGCCUACGGGAAGCUGCUGCCCCCGGACCAGCGCCUCGGUUCCGUGACGCUUUCCGCUGGCGUCUGUUUCGGGUUCAUUUUCGACAUCGUCCUCCGUCUGUUGGCCGACUUCGAUCGACUGCCGGCGGAUCGAAGUCGUCGGAUUGAGCAACAGGUCCGCUUCCGGCGUCGGUUACUCCUGAGGCAAGCUACCCGGGCCGCCGAUGAGCAACAUCGUAUCGGUCAGCUGGCCGCACAGUUGAGCCGCUCGUUAGCUCCACGUCCACCGAAGCCGGCGGGAAAGCUUAAACCACGCCGAUCGCGACUUCAUCGGAAGGAGGUUCCGGUGGUGGUCCCGGCACCCCGGGUACCCAAGCUGGACGUCAUCUUUCGGAUGGCGUUCGGAGAUGGAGCCACGAUGACGCCGGACGAGCGACGUCACUUCGAAAUCGACAUGAUCUACCAGAACUUCUGCUCCGUCCAGUUCGAUCACUUCCUGCGCACGAUUGGCUACGAGCCGGACUACGAGCUGCUGAGCGCGGUGGAGCGUCGGGACGGUCCGGAGGAGUCGUUCUUCCGCCAAACGGAUCUGAUACCGACGGUCAUGAAACGGUUGCGACUCUGGCAGCAAAUGCAGCGGCUGCUACGUCAGCGACUGAUCAAGAGGAUCUCCCAAGACCUACAGGCCGUAGUGGGAGGCCACUAG